AUGGCAUUCCAGCCCACUCCAUCGGAUGUUUCUGUCCUCAUUACCACGCCUACAACAAGUGCCAAUUCUGAGCCGCACUUCGUCACGGAGCGUCGAAUCACCCCAACAUGGACCGUUAUGCAAUUGAAGUCAAAGUUGGAAACGAUGACAGGGAUUCCUCCUAGUAGUCAACGCUUAAAAUUGAAGACUCCAGGAUGUCCUGACCAAUGGGUUGACGGCGAUGAGAACCUUAUCGGUAAUUGGGGGGUGAGAAAGGGCUGUGAAAUUGAGGUUCAUGAUUCACGCCCUUCUUCAGCACGGCCAAACUUUCAUGAUUUAUCAUCUGUUGAAAAAUACGUUCUUCCUGCAGCUACCUACGAGUCCCUACCAAAUUCGGUAUUGGCGUGGAAAAGGCACCAACAACUUGGUCGGUUUGACCCAAAUGUACUAUCACCGUAUGAAUCGGCACGCAAGCAAGCAGAAAAAGACGCCGAGGAUAUUGGGAGUCGAGGUAUCGCGGUUUCCAGACGUGCGAUUAUUCUCCCGUCCUCUCCGCCACAUAUCCGACGAGGAAUUAUUCGCUUUGUUGGACCGGUGCCAUCCAUUCCCUAUCCCGGGGUAGAAACCAGAGAUGCUGAUUCUAGUGCGCUGCCUAUCUGGGUAGGAAUCGAACUUGAUGAGCCAUCUGGUAAGAACGAUGGUAGCGUGGGUGGAAAGCGCUAUUUUACUUGCCCUAACAAGACUGGUAUUUUUGUGAAACCCGAAAAGGUUGAGGUAGGAGAAUUUCCGCCUUUGGGCCUAGAUGAGCUAGAGGACGAGACAAUGGAGGAGAUAUAA